AUGCAGUGGCUAUGUGGACGCAGGAGAAGCAAUCGACCAGGGGCAAAAGGAGAGCGAUCGUCUGGGGGCCCGAGACUGCAUCGCUCCUGGUCCCUGUCGAGCAAGCAGGUGAUGCAGGAUCUCAGCUUCACGGAGGCUGACGAGCAGCUCAGCCAGGAGAUGCUGAAGGAGGUCAAGGCAGCCUUUGAUCUGUGUGAUUCCGAUGGAUCCGGCGAGAUCAAUGCCAAGGAGCUGCACCUUGUGAUGAGGGAGCUAGGUUUCAAGGACUCCAAAGAGGAAGUUGGCCGAAUGAUUGCUCAGAUAGACGAAACCGGAAGUGGACCGCUGAACUUCGACAAGUUCCGCUGCAUGGUCAUCAGGAAAAUGAUGGAGCGGAAGCCCAGGGUCGAAAAGGCCUUUCAGCAGUUCGACCCUGAGGGCCUUGGAUACAUCACCCUCCAGAAGUUGAAGCGGGUCUCGAGGGCGCUCGGCGAAGACUUGGGUGACGUGGAGUUGCAGGACAUGCUGAAUCUUGCAGACAGGGACAAGGAUGGCUUGGUGAGCCAAGCGGAAUUCAUGGCUUUCAUGAAGGAAAGAGGGAUGUGGUGA